AUGAGAAGAACAUUGCAGUCGAGGCCGUUCAAGGCACUACAGAGCCGCAACGCUCUUCAAAGUACGGUGGCCAAGAGAGGAAAGGCCACCGUCCCGUUCAGACUCCCCGCUGCUCGCAACGAGCCAAACCCCGAAUACAGAAAAGGCUCGCCAGAAAGGCAAAAGCUGGAAGAGGCUUUGACAAAGCUUCGAUCACAGCUCCCUCUCAAGAGCGAAAUCUUUAUCAACGGUCAAGUACAAGCACAGUCACACUCGUUAGGCCAGCCGCUGCCUGGAGAGCAUGCCACCACCUUCACCAGUGACCCGCAAACCACCAAGGAGCAGGUCUCCAAGGCCAUCGAGUCGGCCUUGAAGGCCAAGAAGUCCUGGGAGCAGACCCCCUUUGUCGACCGUGCCGCCAUCUUCUUGAAGGCUGCUGAGCUCGUCGCGGGCAAGUAUCGCUAUGAGCUCAUUGCCGCCACCAUGCUCGGCCAGGGCAAGAACAUUUGGCAGGGUGAAGUCGACGCCGCUGCCGAGCUGGCAGACUUCUUCCGUCUCAACUGCAACUACGGUGCCGAGAUCUUGGAGAGGCAGCCGGAUCGUGGCAGCGACGGCAUGUGGAGUAGGCUAGACUACAGACCUCUGGAAGGUUUCGUUUAUGCCAUUUCUCCCUUCAACUUUACUGCCAUUGGUGGCAACCUGAUCUCUGGUCCGGCUCUGAUGGGUAACGUGGUCCUCUGGAAGCCUUCGGCAUCCAACGUCUACGCCAGCACACUCGUAUACAAGAUUCUCCUCGAGGCCGGUCUGCCUGCGGACGUUAUCCAGUUCGUCCCUGGUGAUGCUGAGGAAAUCACUUCGACGGUUCUUGCGCACCGCGAGUUCGCCGGUCUGAACUUUGUCGGCUCGUCUGACGUUUUCCGCUCGCUGUACGCCAAGAUUGGCGAGGGUAUCGGCAGCAAGCUCUACCGCGACUUUCCUCGGGUUGUCGGAGAGACCAGCGGCAAGAACUUUACCCUGAUUCAUCCUUCCGCGGAUAUUCCAAGCGCCGUCAACCACACCGUCCGUGGCUCUUUCGAGUACCAGGGCCAGAAGUGCUCGGCGACUUCGCGUCUCUAUCUUCCCGAGUCUCGGGCCAAGGAGUUCCUCGAUGGUCUCCAAUCCAAGGUCAAGGAGAUCACGAUUGGCAGCCCCGACAAGGACCUUUCUGCGUUCAUGGGCCCGGUCAUCCACAGCCGCUCAUUCGAGAAGAUCAAGUCCAUCAUUGACGCCAGCAACAACGACCCAUCUCUCAAGCUGCUUGCCGGCGGAAAGUAUGACGAUUCUACUGGCUUCUACGUCGAGCCCACAGUCUAUGUAGCGGACUCGCCGACGCACAGAUUGUUUGAUGAGGAGAUCUUUGGACCCGUGUUGACAAUCUACGUCUACCCUGAUAACCAGUGGACGCCAAUGCUCGACCAGGUUGACAAGAGCGGUGGUGGUUUCGCCUUGACUGGUGCCAUCUUCGCAAACGACCGUGGCGCUCUGCGAGAGGCCGAGGACACUCUGAGAUACUCCGCUGGUAACCUUUACCUGAACUGCAAGACAACGGCUGCACUCAUCGGCCAGCAGUCAUUCGGUGGCAGCCGGGCUAGUGGCACAAACGACAAGGCCGGCAGCUCCAACGUCAUGUUGAGAUUCACCAGCCCUCGACUCAUCAAGGAGGAGUUCUUUGGUCAAUCGGGAUUCUUGUACCCCAGCAAUGAAUAA